AUGGCCAUUCUGGAACCACCAGUUUCCGGGGAGGACCCCUCAUCGGCUGAGUCAUCGGAGGAUGAACCCCCCACCGAGGUCGACACCGUCGUUCCUCUCCACGCCAUCACCAAUACUAAGCUUAGUGAUAUGAUGCGCUUCAAGGGUUCGAUUAAUGGCAACAUCAUCGACGUCUUUGUCGACUGCGGCUCAGCGGUUAAUUUCCUCCACCCUGCCGUCGCCGCACGAUUGGACCUCCCGCGCACUACCGCGGAACCACUUAGGUUCACAUCUGCCACCGGUCAGACAGCCAAACCUUCCGGCCUCGCAUGCAGAGUAACAGUGAAAAUACAGGAGUAUGAGCUCACAGAUGACUUCCUCCUCCUACCGGUGCCGGGCUGCGACCUUCUCCUCGGUGCUCAAUGGUUGGACACCCUGGGUUUCAUUGGCUGGCACUUCUUUGAGAAAGUGAUGAUGUUUGUGGCAAAUGGCAAACACCAUGUUCUUUAUGGCAUCAAGCAGCUCCCGGCAACUGAACCAUCGCACAACUUGAUGGCCAUUCUCGCACAGGAGCAAAUAGACUAUGCCACCCUCGGGCCAACGGUCCCUCAAGACGAGGCCCACUGCCCCCAAGUCCAGCAACUGUUGACUGACUUUCACAUGUUGUUUGAAGCCCCGAUAGGUUUGCCACCAAUACGGGCCAUCGAUCAUCGCAUCCCACUCCUCCCAUCCGCUAGUCCAGUUAAUGUUCGUCCUUACCGGUACCCCUAUUCGCAAAAGGCAGAGCUCGAGACCCAAGUCAAUGGGAUGCUUUCCAAUGGUCUUAUCUGCCCUAGUCAAAGCCCUUUUUCUUCCCUGGUUUUACUAGUUUGGAAGAAGGAUAAGGCAUGGAGGUUUUGUGUGGAUUACCGUGAUCUCAACGCGGUCACCAUCAAGGUUCGCUUCCCGAUUCCGGUCGUGGACGAACUUUUAGAUGAACUCCAUGGUGCCCGAUAUUUUACCAAAUUGGAUCUCCGUGCCGGGUAUCACCAAAUUCGGAUGUGUGAGCAAGACAUUCACAAGACGGCAUUCCGUACACACAACGGCCAUUAUGAAUUCGUGGUUAUGCCAUUUGGUCUUUCUAAUGCUCCUAGUACUUUUCAAGCUUUAAUGAACCUUGUGUUCAAACCGCUUUUGCGCAAAGAUCAUAGAAUGCAUAUAUUGACACAUAUAUUGUCAAUGUCUGCAUAUAUUGUGAGAAAAUCUGAAAAUCUAUGA